UGUGUGGAAUAUCAGGAAUAACUUCCCUUAGUCCUGACACACUAAGUCAUCGCUGAUUACCACAACAUGGCUGUUAAGAUGGUGGAUACAAGUAGCAAAUCUGUGUCUGAUCAACUACAACUGAAUGGUAAACCAUGGGAUAUCACUAGAUUAGCUUUUACUGAGCUUGCUGUCACACUUCCUUUCAUACAGACCAUACAGUUUAUAUCAAUAUCAUCAAACAAACUCAAAAUGAGGCAUGCAGUAAAGGUUGGUGGGGACUGUCAUGGCAUAAGCUGCUACCAAGGUAAAAAUAGUUGUAACAUUUGUUAAUCCUGCAAAACUUCAGAUCCUUGAUAUGAAUGGGUAUUUAUUGACAACAAUUGAUGGAAAAAAAUAUUUUUAAAAAUCCAUAUUAUGUUACGAGCAACAGCAAUGCUAUAUAUGUAUCUGAUGUUAACAUGAACACACUGACAAAAAUAAACUGGCAUUGUAAAGUGAUUGGUAGUUAUAGUCGUACAGGAAAACCUAGGGGAAUGGCACUGUCAGAGGAUGGCACUGUCUUUGUGUGUGAUAAGGAGAGAAAUGUUAUAGAAGAGAUAUUGGAAGACUGCUCUACAGGAAAGGUGGUAUUGAAGACUGCAAAGAGUCCUUAUGCUGUAUGUUGGUGUGGAGAAACACAGAAGCUGUACUACAGCUGUUAUGCUGAAGAUGAAAAAAUUAACAACUUCCUUCACAUCUACAAACUGUCAUAGACUUUGGUUUUACAACAAAGCACAUUUCUAUAGGCUAUAUAACGACAAUAUGCAUUCAUUCUUCUGGCAGUAAUUAAAAGUGAAUAAAAGGAAAUGUUAAUAGGGCCUUUGAUGUUUUUUUUAUACAUUGAGACAAAACGUACAUGUAAAUCAAAUUGCUGUGGUUGAACUGUGCUCUGGUAAAUUCAAUGUGGCUUUAAAUGCCGUUUUGUUUCAGAGUGAAAACUACAAACAUCACUGACAUCACAUAUUAAAUUAUCUACUUUAUUGAAAUACCUAUGCCAUGAUUUAUUUUCUAUGUUUAAAUUAAUAUCUUGUAAUUAUUUCUAUAUUAUACGGAUGUAUUUCAUAACAUACUGACACAGGUUCUUUCUUUAAAUUCAGUUUAAAUUACCAUCUUGCUGUCUUAAAUAAGCUUGCACGAAGUUUCAUGAAUGAAUAAAUCAGUCCUUUUUAAAAGAUAUAUUUGGAACCGGAAUUCUAUAAAUUUGUAAAAAAAUGUGUGAAUAAAAUAUGUAUGAAUAAUUAUUGCAAACAAUUAUGAACCAAAUCAAGAUAUUGACAUACAUGAAGUUUGUUUUUGUGAUAAAAGUGAAGGAUGUACAUGUGCAUUUUUAUCAACUGAAUAAAUGACUAUAAUCUGUGUUUUAGGACUUUGAACCUUAGUUAGUAAAUUAUGUUGGGUAUAAUUAUUUCAAUGAUACGAAAUAGAGAAGUAAAAUUAUUAUCUUUUCAAACACUUCUGAUACAAGGAGUGACAGCAAAAUAUUCACUAUCUGCCUUUUUCAAGAGGAAAAUAAAUGGACCUUUUCAAAUCAUGAAAUAAUUGGAGGAUUUUUAAAGUAAAGAAUGGCAAACUCGGGAAUACAAGUAUCAAAACAACAUUCAUUAACAACAUCAAUGGUAUCAGAUGAAGAUCUUCAAGUUUACUGUCAGCCUUGUGAUGAGGAAGGAACUAGACUCCCUGCCCAUGGUUACUGCACUGACUGCAAGGAGCACCUUUGCCAGACAUGCUUUACAGCCCAUAAAAUAAAUAGGCUUUCCAAACAGCAUUCACUUCUCGAUGCAACAAGUAUGCCACAAGUUUUGCAGCAACCCUCAACAUCCACCCUAAGUGGCAAGACCACAGACCUGACCACAACCUGUCUUGCACACCCAAAAGAAAUGAUCAAAUUCUAUUGCAAUAAUCAUACAGAAUUGCUCUGCAGUGUAUGUGUUACCCUUGAACAUCAAGGUACAUCCUGUAAAGUCAACUAUAUACCAGACAUUUCUGGUGAUAUAAUAGACAGCAAAGAAUAUCAGGUAAUCUUGAAAGCAGUAAAUACUGCUUCUGACCAAAUUCAACAGAUGGUACAUGAUGUCAAGGGGAUGACAAAUAAAUCCAACAGCUCCCUUAAAGAUGCAUUAGAGGACAUUAAAAAGUUUCGACAAGAGAUUGACAAAAGAUUAGAUAAAUUGGAGAGACAAGCUGAAAAUGCAGCCAAAGUCAUAGAAAAAGAAAACAACAAGCAUCUGAAAGAAUUAGAAAAAACAUGUGAAGAUCAAACCAUAUCUUUAAUGGCAUUAUCAGAUAAAAUCAACCAAUUCAACACUUCAAAACAAGCUGAUAAACUGUUUAAGGAACUCAAACUAGCAAAUAAAACAUUGAAAAUUGUGGAGGAAAGAAUGCAACAACUUUCAUCAUGUGACAUCAAACAGUAUAACUUUAAACCAAAUGAGGCAAUAGUAACCCAGCUUAAAUCAUCUUUGGGUAUAUUAAAACAGACCACUUUAGAAAAAGAAUGUCAACCAGUGCAAAUAAAGUCAAGGCAAUCUGCACAUCAAGGAGAUAUCUGUGUGGAGACAUCAGAAGAUAAAGAAACAAUGUGCGGAAUAUCAGGAAUAACUUCCCUUAGUCCAGACACUCUAGUCAUCGCUGAUUACCACAACAUGGCUGUUAAGAUGGUGGAUACCAGUAGCCAAUCUGUGUCUGAUCAACUACAACUAGAUGGUAAACCAUGGGAUAUCACUAGAUUAGCUUUUACUGAACUUGCUGUCACACUUCCUUUCAUGCAGACCAUACAGGUCAUAUCAAUCUCAUCAAACAAACUCAAAAAGAGGGACACUAUGAAGGUUGGUGGGGACUGUCAUGGUAUAGGCUGUUACCAAGGUAAAAUAGUUGUGUCAUUCGUUAAUCCUGCAAAACUUCAGAUCCUAGAUAUGAAUGGGUAUUUAUUGACAACAAUUGAUGGAAAAAAUAAUUUCAAAAAUCCAUAUUAUGUUACGAGCAACAGCAAUGCUAUAUAUGUAUCUGAUGUUAACAUGAACAUACUGACAAAAAUAAACUGGCACUGUAAAGUGAUUAGUAGUUAUAGUCGUACAGGAAAACCUAGGGGAAUGGCACUGUCAGAGGAUGGCACUGUCUUUGUGUGUGAUAAGGAGAGAAAUGUCAUAGAAGAGAUAAUGGAAGACUGUUCUACAGGAAAGGUGGUAUUGAAAACUGUGAAGAGUCCUUAUGCUGUAUGUUGGUGUGGAGAAACACAGAAGCUGUACUACAGCUGUUAUGCAGAGGAUGAAAAAAUUAACAACAUCCUUCACAUCUACAAACUGUCAUAGACUUUGGUUUUACAACAAUGCAUGUUUCUAUA